AUGUUCCUCGCCGACAAGUACAGCUCGCUGCUGCCCUCCCUCCACCAGCACCACUCCAAGCCGAGCCGCCGCCGGAGCCAGCAGCAGCAGCAGCAGAAGGGGGAGGCGGACCGGUUCGGCGCGGCGCUGGCCGCGCGCCUCCGGGGCCUGCUGCCGCUGCCGGCCUCCCCGCUCGCGGCGCUCGCGCGUGUGGCCGACCUCCUCGCGCUCACGCUCGCGGACGCGGGCCCCGCGCUCGCCGGCGCCGGCGAGGGCGACGCGACCGCCGUCGCCGCCCACCUCGACGCCGGCGUCGCGCUCCUCGACGCCUGCAACGCCAUCGCCGCGCGCCUCGAUCGCCUCCGCAGGCGCCGCCUCCUCGCGCGCCUCGCGCUCCACCUCCUCCUCUCCUCCUCCUCCUCGCCGUCGGGGUCCGGGCGGGUGCGCGCGCGUGCGGUGCUCUCGGACCGCGGUGACCACCCAGCGGCGUCCCCAUUCCCUCUGGCGCCGCUCCCUUCGCUCCCGUUCGAGCAGCCCCGCGGGCGGCUCUCGGCCGUCGCGCGCGUGCUCGCCGCCGUGGACGCCGUCUCCUCGCUCGCGGCAGCGGCCGCAGCCGCCAUUCUCGUCGGAGGACCCACCGCCUUCCCCCGGGUCUCCGGCGGCGGCGACCUCCCCUGGGCGGAGCCGUUCAACGCGGUGUCCGGCCAGCUCGCGGCGCUCGAAGGCGCCGGCGAGGUGGGCGCCGUCGACGAGGCCGUCCGGAGGCUCGCGUCGGCGCUGGACGCCGGGACCGACGACGAGGCGGCCGUGCGCGCCGCGGCGCAGGAGGUGGGGAGGCGCACCGAGGAGCUCGCGCCGCGCCUGGACCGCCUGUCGGACGCCGUCGGCGGCGUGUUCCGCUCCGCGCUGGGCCUCCGCAACGCCGAGCUCGGGUGCUUCAUGGUGGGACCCGCGGGGAAGCCGUGUACUCCCUCCGUCUCAUUGAGUUUGUCGUUGGAAAACCGUGCCCCCCUCACAAUCCCGCUUCCCGAGCGACAAUCUUAA